AUACAUCCGGUCGAAGACAUGGGGCGACUGACCACACUCGCAGUACUUGCUUUAAUAGCGUCGACUGCGGCGGCGCCGGCGCCACAGUUCCUGGAAUACUUCUUGCCGAACCCUUUCGCGCCGUGUCCAGAACCAUGCUAUGAGCCACGCUACGAGCCGUGCUACACGCCGUGUGAGCCGGAGCCAACGCCCUGCUUCGAACCCAUACCGCCCUGCCCUAGUCCGGAACCAAUCCCCGAGUACAUCCCGCCCUGCCCGGAGCCUAUCAUACCCCCCUGCCCUCUGCCGUGUCCCCCGCAACCGUGGGACCGCUCAUCCCCACCAACUCCCGGUGGCAAUGGACCGAUUGGUGUGACUAUACCGAAAACGAACAUCGGCGAUAAACUACGCGCAGCGGGCUUUCAGGCAGUUCAGGUACCGGGCGGUACAUUUUACAUCCAGCAUCUGCCGCCGUCAAUGAUCCAGCCACCGCCGAUUCUAGUGCGACCGAACCCGCUCAGUCCGAUCACGCCGCCCUUCAUCGUGGUGCAACCGCCGCAGCAGCCGCCGGUCGUGCCCCCACAGAUCGUUGUGAGACCGGAGCCGCUCCCGCCAAUCACGCCGCCGCCGAUCGUCGUGCGUCCACCUCGGCCGUGUCCCAUCCAGCCUGAGACGAUAGUAGUGCGUCCUCCGCGCCCGGGGCCCAUCCAGCCCCCAGCAGUCACCGUGACGCAACCCCAACCGUCACCUAUAAACCUGCCGCCUAUCAUAGUGCGUCAGCCGAUACAGCCGACUGUGCAGCUGCCGACAAUAUCUAUCCCCACGUCGGCCAUCCUUAGCAGCCCGCCCUGCGCCCCCUACGCUCCCUGCGCGCCCGCGCCCUGCAUCCCGGAGCCCUGUCCUCCCUGCCCGGGACCCUGCCCUUACUGCAUCAGUGGUUAAUAUCUAUAAAUCGUCCUCCUAUCUACAUAUUUACAUGAGUUCAUAUACAUCAAAUAGCACUAAUUUAAAGCUGUACUUAUGUGCUAGCUUAUUAUGUAAAUAUGUUCCAGCACAUUUCCUAGGAUCUCUUACGCGACUUUCAGCAAGUUAAAGGACUCGAUUGUUUUAAAUGCCCGCACGAGAUUUCGACUGUCUUUGUAUGUUUGC